AUGGUACACGGGCAUUAUCAUUGUUUAACUAGUGAACUUCAAUUGACAAAUUCUGAACAGUACCAAAACUUUAUUAGAAUGUCUGCCAGCACAUUUGAAGAGUUGGUGUGUCUAGUUGGACCCAAAAUAAAGCGUUUCCCAAGUCGGCCUGAUAUAAUAUCAGUUGGAGAAAUCCUAACUGCAACAUUGCGAUAUCUUGCGUCUGGUGAAUCAAUGAUGUUGAUUACGUACGGUUUUCGUAUAGGAAAAGCUACCGUAUCAAAAUUAAUUUUACAAUGUUGUGAAGUUUUAUGGGAUACAUUAAACCAAAAAGUAUUAGUUGUACCAGAUACAUUUAAAUGGGCUCAAUUAGCUGUUGACUUCGAGAGAAUAUGGCAAGUGCCAAAUUGUAUUGGCAGCAUUGAUGGUAAACAUAUUAUACACCAGGCAUUUGCUAACAGUGGAUCUGAGCACUAUAACUACAAAGGGUCCCAUAGUUUUAUACUGUUGGCAAUGUGUGACGCCAAUUAUAAUUUUACGUUAGUCGAUAUUGGCGCAGCUGGGAGAUGCAGCGAUGGUGGAGUUUUUUCAAGCUCUGAAAUGGGCAAGGGUUUCAUACACAAUGAUUUAAAUUUUCCAGCUGAUAAAGAAAUACAUGAAAACAGUGGUCCAAUUCCAUAUUAUGCGCUAGGGGAUGAAGCGUUUCCAUUACUUUCAAACCUUAUGCGCCCUUAUCCAGGAAGAGGUAAACGAAAACUACCAUUAAAGGAAUCCAUUUUUAAUUAUAGGCUUUCCAGAGGUAGACGGACUAUAGAAAACACUUUUGGGUUAAUGGCCUCAAAAUGGCGGAUUUUUAGAAAACUGAUAAUUGCUGGACAUAAAACUGUUAAUGCAAUUACAAAAGCUGCUGUUGUACUGCAUAACUUUGUAAAACUGUCUGAAAACAAUGCUGGUGUACGGUAUUAUAGUGGAACUUUGGACACCAAACAAAGCAAUCAGUGGGAACCACAGGGAGCUUUAGAACCAGUCCACCGAUUAGGAACUAAUACAUACACAGCAGACGCUAAAGCAAUAAGAGACAAACUUAAAGACUAUUUUUCAGCUGAAGGUGCGACUUUAUUCCAAUAUGAAAGAUUAAUUAAUUUAUAA